GCCUCCGGGCUGCAGCGUCGUAUUUUGGAGCUGGAGGACGCGGCGCGUCAGAUGAGGGAAGUGCUAGCGGAGAGAGAGGCGGGGCUUCAACAGAGUCUCCUCCUCCACUGCGAAGAGACCUCAAAAUUAGUGGUGGCGCUAGAGGAGCAGUCUACUCAGGUAAGGGAGCUCACCCUGCGUGUUAGCCUGGCAGAUGGCCGUGUUCAAGGGCUGGAGGAGCAGCUAGGACACGGGGAAGCCCAACGCAGGGAGCUGGAGCACAGGCUGGUCGGGCUGACCUCUGCCCUGAGACGAACCCUCGGGAUAGGCCGCAACGGACGCUCACAGACCCCUGGGUCCAGAGGACGCAGCCUCUCCCCCUGGAGAAGUCGCUCACCUGUGAAGGGUGAAACCAGCACAUCCCCGAGAGGUCCUGUGUCCUUCCCAUCCUGUAGUGAUGAGGGGGAGCUGGAUGUGGACGCGGUACAGAACGCUCUCAGGGACUUCCACCAGGAACUCAAAGACACAAAGAGACACAGGGAUGAAGCUAAGGCCCAAGUGACCAGUCUAACCCGGCAAGUGGCUGAGCUACAGACCAGCCAGGACAAGUCAGGCACUAGGCUGCAACAGUUGACCAAAGCCCUGAAGGGCCUGGAGGAGGGGAAGAGAGAGGUGUUGGAGCAGCUAUACGGGGCUCAGACCUCCCUCUCUCUGCAGGAGGAAGUGACACGGCGAGGGGACAGGGACAGGAAAAGCCUGGCAGAGGAAGGAGUUAAACUCAAGACCAGUCUGCAGACCGCUGAAGCUAAUAGUAGGACACUGCAGGAGAAGCUGGAUCGUUCCCUGGCCGGGGAGGCUCGCUGUGAGGGGGAGCGUCGGAGGCUGAAGGAGGCCCUGGAGACAGCGGAAAGCCGGGCAUCUCGCCUGGAGCUCGCCCAGAGGACCCUAGAGGGAGAGCUGCAGCGGGCACAGCGGAGGACAGCCGAGCUGGAAGGAGAGGUGGCAGCCCUGGGGGAGAG